AUGGAAUGGCUGUACGAAAAGUAUCCCAACUUCGACUUCAACUCGCUUCCUGAGGCCACCAAAAUUGCAGGUUUGAUCCUCGACGACCCUCGCCUCGACGGUUUCUUCGCGGAGAUAGCCACGCCACAAUCGCAUGAAUUACACGAAGCCCGUCCUCCUGACCUCGACAGUCAGGACGAGCUCUCAGUAGAUAGUGAGGGUUUCGCCAUCGUAGCCGGUGACGGUGCGGCGCCCGGCCAGACAGACUUCAGGCUUAGGCGUGCGGGCUGCGGCCUCUUCUAUGGAGAUCGACACAGUCAUAACAGCACACUCGGACUUGAAGGAGUUGUACACAACGCUCAACGUGCAGAACUUCGGAGCGCCUUGAGGUGGGCUCUUUGGAACUGGACACGGAGUAUUUACUUGACUGACUCGAGUUACGUCUGUCGUGGGCUCCUCAAGAUCAUUAAUCAGCAGAAAACGAAUUUUAAGUCUCACAGAGAUCUGCGGGCUCGGUUGCAGGCAGCAAUUGAGGCCAAGGGUCACGACAACUUCAGGACACGCAAAAUUCAAAGCCAUCAAACCAAGGAGCAAAAAGAUGCUGAAUCUGAAGCAGAUAUGCGCCUUCGACUCAAGAACGAGGAGGCUGACAAGAGAGCCACCACAGCAGCCAGACUCAAAGCAAUCAACGGCGAGUUCCCUGCUGCCCACAAAGCGCGGGUCAAACGAGAGCAAGACCACGAGCAGCCGAGGCACUUGUUCUUUUUGGGCGCAAGCCCCGCGGUGAACAACUCAACCGAUACUACCAAGAGGUCCACGAGCAGCUCGAUCCUCCAGACCAAGAAGAAUCACAUCUUCAUUAACAAGCAAGACCCGAACGGCAAGCUCCACAACGCCAGCCACGCCUUCGACCACUCCACCGUCAGCUUCGACACAGCCGACGACCCCUGCGACAGCUUCGACACCAGCAAGAGCCCCGACUAUGACAGCCACGAAGGAGGAAGUCUGACCGACAGGGAGAUGCUGAGGCGGAACUCCGCGAUCGAGUACCGCUUCAUGAACAAGGCCCAGGGAGGCCUGCGGGGGCCCAGCGGAGGCGCGGCGCUGGGAGCCGGGCGAAGGAAUACCGCGCCCGCGGUGCCGUGCGCCUCGCAGAUGAAAGGCGGCCUGCUCCCCGUCGGCCGGGGCGGCCUGCGCAGCCGCCGCGACAUCGGCGUGCCAGUGCUCCAGCUAGGAGCGCUCCGCUCCGCGCCAGCCUCGCGGGCCGCCGGGCCGGACGCCUUCGACUCCUCCGAGCUCUACCGGCCGAGCGACGCGCCCCCGCGCUACGGGUCGAUGGGGACGGUGCGGCUGGCGUGGCGCCGGUCCGACGGCCUGCCCGUGGCCCUGAAGGAGGUGUCCUGCCCCGCCAACAUGGAGGAGGCCAAGGAGCUGACCAGGCGCGAGUACGAGAUCAUGUCAGCGUUGUCGCACCACUCCAUCGUUCGCGCAUUCGCGAUCCACGAGGCCGCCACCAAGACAGUCGUCUGCAUGGAGUACUGCGACAACGGGUGCCUGAAGAGCUACGUUAGGAAACACGGCGCGAUGGCGCCGCCGGCCGCCACGCCGAUCGCGAGGCAGGUGCUGGAGGGGCUGGACUGCGGGGCGUCCGCAUCGUCCACAGAGACAUCAAGCCGGACAACCUGCUUCUGA